GUCAAAACUUGUCAUCGUGACCUGAACCACACGAUCAACCUCGUCGACAACGAUCCGCCAGAAGACCGACCGGCAACAAAGCCAUCAACGAAAGCAAUGUCUUCAAAGACGUCUAACACGACACCAAAGCCAACGGCGGCGAACAAGACGAGCUCCACGUCGACCUCGAAAGCUACGUCCAGCAAGCCUUCAACCGGCUCAACGACAGCUUUGAAAACACACGCGCCACCCAAACCUCAAAGUCAGAAUGCCGGGUCAGCAAGCACGGCAAACAAGCCAAUAGAGUCUCCUUCCAAACCAUCCGUGACGAACAAGACAAAGACAGCGACCAAAAGUGUUUCAGCGGGCCACAAAACUUCAUCUCAUGCAAGUACACCCAGCGCUGUGAAGAUGAAGCCUGUCCCUCCAACAGUCCUCCCGCAGCGGAAAAAGCCUGUUCCUCCUCCAGUGGCGGAACAAACGAAGAAGGUCAGCGAGACAGCCACAGCUGGUACAAGCAGUUCCAAGACGCCAGGUAUCUCGAGUGUUAAAACACGUUCGCAAGCGAAAGCAGGCACUGCUUCGACUACUGCAAAUGAUCGUGCUGGGAAUUUCAAGAAGGGUGAAGGUGAUAUCAGCAAGAAUCUCAGCGCAACCACCGGUGGCGUCGUCGGUGGCCUGAGCGAGACUGCAAAGGGUGUGGGAUCAGCUGCACGCAAGGGAAACGUCACCGGUGUGGUCACUGGAGCCGUCAAGGGUACUGGACAGACCGUUAGCUCUACAGGCAAAGGAGUGGGAGAUACUCUGAGUGGUGUUGGCAUGGGUGUUGAUACAACCGUAUCGGGUCUAGGAAAGAACGUUGGAAAUACGAUCGGUGGCAGUGCUGGUAAUCACAUCGGCAAGACGAGCAAGAAUGUUGGCAAGACCGUCGCAAGCACAACAAAAGGAGUCGGCAAAACAGUCGGCGAUACCACCAGUGCGAUUGGGUCUGGAAACAUUGGAGGUAUGGUGAGCGGAGCUACGGAAGGAGUGGGUACGACCGUGAGCGGCAUGGGUCAAGGGGCUGGGGACACUGUUGAAGGCUUGGGCGAUACAGUCGGAGGCUACAUCCCAGGGCGUGCCGGAGGUACAGUCCGUGGCCUUGGCAAGGGCGUGGGUACGACAUUGACAGAGGUCACUGGCGGGGUUGGCGACGGCGUUGAAAAGAUUGGCCAGGGUAAUGUCAUCGGCGGCGUCAGCAGUACACUUGGAGGCGUUGGCAAGGGCGUCUAUGGACUUGGACGGGGCGUCUGGGGCGGUAUCAGCGGAACGAAUGCGAAGACCAGGGAACCUGUAGAGGAGGACACAGAAUAGCAGAUGAAGCAGGUGGCAAAUAGCAUGGGCAGCUUGGUU